AUCAUGCGCUUCAUGCGUAACUCGGAACGCACCCCAUGAAAGCACGUUUAGCCGUUUGGCACGUCAAUGGUAUUAAUGGUGGGCAGUGUCACGCUAAUGCUAUGAGAAGCAAUCUCUUCUAGCCAAAAGAAAGAAUGGAGUUGUUAGUCGCGCAGUAUACUCUGCUCGAGAAAAAUAUAUUGCAAAAUAUUAAACGCAAUGGCAUUCAACACCGGCCAAAUGCAAACAGUGGAUUAUGGCUAGGUGCUUUAGUUGGCCUGAGUGCUGUAAUUACGAUAUUAAGAGAAGAAAGUUAUUCCGAGAUAUGUCUCUCUGUAGGAAAUACUGGCUUCGGUCUUGUUCUCUGUUGCCUAUGUCUUUAUGCACGACUUUCAAUAAAACAAAUUAUAGCGAAAGACUUUCAUGCUGUAUACUUUGUACCUGCAAUUAUAACAUCCAUACUGUUUCUACUUGUUGCUAACAAAGGACUAUUGACUAGUGUCACAUGGGGCCUAACUGUUGGAAGUUUGGGCACAUGGGGUGUUUUACAACUAAUGUCAGCUUUUCCAUGCUGUUUUACAAUGGGAGAAGCAACAGCGGUUACGCAUGGUUUUAUUUUGUUCUUGAUGUCGGUUGUUACUAAUUUACCCUUACGAUAUCAUUUACCCCCGAUUCACGAUAAUGACAUCAGUACAGUCUUGUUACAGGUUGUGAUAUCAUAUGUAAUGUCGAUAUGUUUCCUAUGUGGAUAUUUUCCUGCUCUGCGCAGUACAACAUAUUUUUACUUGAUGAUAUUCAGUCUCUUAUGUUUCAUAAUUCUUCCAAUACUUUACAUUAUUCUUGAUCAAAAUCCAAUAGAAUGGAUAAUUUCUUUUUCUUUUAGUAGUUAUGAAAGGAUUGCAAUAUUUAUAUAUUGGGCAGUGUGUUUUCUGUUAAGUAUCUUUAUUAUAAGCCAUCAGAUAUCACUGAAAUCCCAAGCUACAAGUUCUACCAGAAAGCAUUUUCAUAUAUUAGCCACAUUUGUGUAUAUUCCUGGCAUGAUAUACAAUCUUCCAUUAUUAUAUCUUGCUAGUGGUGUGAUGUUUGUACUACUUAUUGCUCUUGAGGUAAUCAGAUUUUUGAAAAUCCCGCCUUUAGGAGAAAUUUUACAGCAAGGAUUUAUUGCAUUUGUUGACGAAAAGGAUCCUUUGCUUUCAUUAACACCUAUAUAUCUAUUAUGUGGUUUAUCAUUACCCCUUUGGAUGCCAACUAAUAAUUUGACGCUAAUGGUAUUACUCAGCGGUGUACUGACGGUAGGAAUCGGUGACACUGCUGCAAGCUUCGUCGGUAACAGAUGGGGUGCACAUAAAUGGCUCGACACGGAAAAAACUAUCGAAGGCACCAUCGCAUGUAUAUUUUGCCAAGUUUGCAUAAUAUUCACGCUAACAUGUUGUGGUUUAAUGGAUAAUUAUCGAUUACUACUGAGAAGUAUUUUGUCGGCUGUAUCAAUAUCGUUGAUCGAAGCACGCACAAAUCAAGUGGACAAUCUGGCUCUGCCAUUAUUAAUGUAUGUAUGUUUGAUGGUUUAAAUGGGUCGUUUUUAAUUUGAUAAUCUACAUACAUGUAUGUGUAUAUAUCUAUAUAUAUAUGCUUUAAUUAAUUUUUUAAGAAAGUUACCAUUAAU